AUGACAGGGCCAUUUUGGGGUCCUCCGACCUCAUAUCUCAACUUUUGCGAAGAGGAUUACGUCAUUUCGCGAUAUGUUGGAGAAAUCGUCAACACGUUGAGCAGCCUCACGUUCGUGCUCUACGGCCUCUAUGGGUUGGCAACAUCGUCGACGUUCCCCCGCGGACCGCGACUGGUGUCGUAUCUCGGUCUCAUGGGUGUGGGAAUAUGCUCUGGCGGCUACCACAUGACGCUCAAGUACCACACACAAAUGGCCGACGAACUGUCUAUGCACCUGCUCACGACACCGCUCAUAUACCGCCUACUCACCUACAAGGUCACGCCUGAGCGCACGAGGACUGUGGGCAUCAUCUUGUCCAUUCUCUUCACCAUCGUCAUGGUGACCCACAUGGUCAUGGACGAGUUCCUUCUCCAUGCCACAGCCUUUGGCUUGAGUGUGUACAUUAUCGCCUCGCGCGGGCUCAGACUCUCUAAGCAAGUCCCUGAUCCUCAUGCAAGAGCGCUGAUCAGCAACGCGUCCAUCUUUGGUUGCCUGUCCUUCGCAACAGGCUACGCGCUGUGGCUCAUUGACGAAUUUGCCUGCCAGUACCUGAUCCAAGCAAGACAUACGAUUGGCCUGCCCUUUGCCUUCCUCCUGGAGUUUCAUGGAUGGUGGCAUGUUCUCACCGCCAUCGGUGGCUACGCGGCCGUGGAGAUUGUCAACAUUCUCACGGCGGACAAUGUCUCGACAAAGUCUAUAGAUUCUUUGGCGUGGCCUGUGCCUCAGAUGACGAAGCUGAUGACUGGACGCAGAGCGAGCGUUGGAAAAACGGCAUAG